AGAAGAAACAAUGGGCAAGCCAAAAAGGGCAGUGGCCAUAUGCAGCCCAUCCUCUGCACCAGCUGCGCCUGGUGUGUGUCCAAGGAUAAGGCUAUCAAGAAGUUUGUCAUUAGAAACAUUGUGGAGGCCGCAGCAGUGAGGUAUCUUUCCAAAGCCAGCGUUUUCAACGCCUAUGUGCUUCCCAAGUUGUAUGUGAAGUUACACUACUGUGUGAGUUGUGCCACUCACAGCAAGGUGGUAAGGAACUGUUCUUGCGAAGCCCACAACGACCGAACACCCCCACCGAGGUUCAGACCUGCGGGUGCUGCCCCAAGACCUCCACCAAAACCCAUGUGAGGCAACUACCGACCUUAAGGAUUGAAGACAAACUCCUUUCGAGGAAAAUAAAGUGGAGAUUAUAUUAAAAAA